CACUUCUACUCUUCCAUAAAUUCCCUCUUCCUACUUCACUUGAACUCCAUCCCACUUGGUUCCAAGUCGUCCAACUGCACAUUCAUCUCUAAUUUCUCUUCCUUGGCUUUUCCUUGAGUUCUUAUCUUCAACACCAAAACCAAAAUUCUCUUUCCCAGAAAAUGGGUUCUUCCCCAACUGCCCUAGAAAUUAUAGGAUAUGAAGAGGAUUCACUUGCUUUGGUUCAUGAAGAAGAUGACGAAAAAAUUGAAAGCCAUGUGCCCCUUGUGUCAUCUUAUAACGAUCAUAUUCGUCCACUUCUUGAUGCAGUUGAUAAGCUUAGGCACCUCAAUGUCACGAAAGAAGGUAUACAGCUCCCCACCAUCGUUGUUGUUGGGGAUCAAUCUUCUGGAAAAUCCAGCGUUCUUGAAUCGCUAGCUGGUAUCAACCUUCCCCGUGGCCAGGGCAUUUGCACCAGAGUUCCCCUUGUAAUGAGGCUGCAACACCACCCAUCUCCCACACCGGAGCUUUUCCUGGAGUUCAGUGGCAAAAUAGUAGCCACUGAUGAAGCUCACGUCGCAGAUGCUAUUAAUAUUGCCACUGAUGAGAUUGCAGGAGAUGGAAAGGGCAUAUCCAACACUCCAUUAACUCUGGUAGUGAAAAAGAAAGGUGUUCCUGAUCUUACUAUGGUUGAUCUCCCAGGAAUCACUAGAGUUCCUGUUCAUGGUCAGCCGGAGGAUAUCUACGAGCAGAUUGCAGGUAUUAUCAUGGAGUAUAUAAGGCCUGAAGAGAGUAUUAUUCUGAAUGUGUUGUCUGCAACUGUGGAUUUUCCCACUUGUGAAUCCAUUAGGAUGUCACGGCAAGUGGACAAGACUGGUGAGAGAACUCUUGCUGUGGUCACCAAGUCUGAUAAGGCACCUGAAGGGCUGCUUGAGAAGGUUACUGCAGAUGAUGUGAAUAUAGGCCAGGAUUGA